AGUGUGAGGGCAACAUUGAAUCAAUUCUCUGUGAAAAUUGGCAGAGUAUGAGACAGCCAUACAUUUCGAGAGAACAGACCUAUAUUUCUGUUUUUUUUUCUCGAUGUGUACGCUUCCACAGCUGGUGCAACAUCAAUAUUUCUCCCUGAUGCAGCCGGAACCCAAGCGAGAAGAGGGCGUUUCUGACGAGAGCUUAAAGCAGCACACGGGGUGGAGGGGCUGGUAGGUCGAAAGAGGAGCAAAGGUCUCACUGCUACUGUUAUUUAAAGUCCCCCAUGGCUCGCUUGCUAACGUCUUCAUCUGCCUUGAGAUGGAGGACAAUAACUUCAUCUCAGCCAGUUCUGCUAAGAGCAUACAGCUCAGGGAGCUCCGAUACAGAGUAUCUGCAAAGGAGCAUUGUUCCAACUAUGCACUUCCAGAAAAGCCUACCAAGGCUGCCAAUUCCUAAAUUUGAAGACACUAUUAAGAGAUACCUGAAUGCACAAAGACCUCUUCUGGAUGAUGUUCAAUUUAAGAAAACUGAGCAGCUUGCCUUGAACUUUCAGAACGGAGUUGGGAAGCAGCUGCAUGAAGAACUAGUGCAGCAGGACAAACAGAACAAACACACAAGCUAUAUCUCUGGUCCUUGGUUUGAUAUGUAUCUGUGUGCCCGGGAUUCCAUCGUGCUGAAUAGUAAUCCCUUCAUGUCUUUUACACCUGACCCAAGGCCAGAAUAUAACAGUCAGCUGAUCAGAGCCACAAAUAUGACCGUUUCUGCCAUGCGUUUUUUAAAGACCAUGAGAGCUGGGUAUUUGGAACCUGAAAUCUUUCACUUAAACCCAGCCAAAAGUGACACAUUGACAUUUCGAAAAUUAAUUCGGUUUGUGCCCUCCUCUCUUUCCUGGUAUGGUGCAUAUAUGGUGAAUGCCUAUCCUUUAGACAUGUCACAGUAUUUUCGCCUUUUUAACUGUACUCGCAUUCCAAAACCUAACAGAGAUGAACUAUUGACAGAUGAAAAGGGUAGACACUUACUUGUUCUACGAAAAGGGAACUUCUAUGUAUUUGAUGUCAUAGACAAAGAUGGAAAUAUAGUAAAGGCAUCUGAAAUCCAGGCACAUCUACAACACAUCUUGUCUGAUAACACCCCAACCCCAGAAUUCCCACUAGGGUAUUUGACCAGUGAAGAGAGGAACAAAUGGGCAGUUCUAAGGCAGAAAUUGCUGGACAAUGAGAAUGAAGAGGCACUGGCAAAAGUAGAUUCUGCUGUGUUUUGCUUAUGCCUGGAUGAUUUCCCCAUUAAAGAUCGUGUUCAUUUGUCACAUAAUAUGCUGCAUGGUUCUGGUCUGAAUCGCUGGUUUGACAAAUCAUUCAGUAUUAUCAUGACUGAAGAUGGAACAGCUGCUAUUAACUUUGAACACUCAUGGGGAGAUGGAGUUGCUGUGCUAAGGUUCCAAAAUGAGGUUUUCAAGGACAGCACACAGAGGCCAGCAAUAUCUCCUGAGUCAUGUUCUGCUCCUGUGGACUCAAGCAAAGCAGUUCAACGACUGCACUUUAACUUAGAUGACUCUUUGAAAGCUGCAAUAACAGAUGCCAAAACUAAGUUUGACACUUCUGUAAAUGCACUUUCCAUUGCAACAAUGGAGUUCAAGAAAGGAGGGAAAGAGUUUCUCAAGACACAGAAGCUAAGUCCUGAUGCUAUUUCACAGCUCUCCUUUCAGAUGGCUUUUCUCAGACAGUAUGGCAAGACAACAGCCACAUAUGAAUCCUGCAGCACUGCAGCAUUUAAGCAUGGCCGCACAGAGACCAUUAGGCCAGCUUCCAUAUACACUAAAAAGUGUUCAGAGGCAUUAGUUAUGAAUCCAUCUAAGCAUAGCCCAGCAGAGCUCCGCAGCAUGCUGCACGAAUGCUCAAAAUAUCAUGGACAACUGACCAAAGAAGCAGCAAUGGGUCAGGGAUUUGAUCGGCAUUUAUUUGCACUGCGACACCUGGCAUCUAGCAAGGGGCUUCCGAUUCCUGAAAUUUACCAGGACAUCCCAUAUGCACAGAUAAAUCAUAACGUUCUUUCCACCAGCACACUCACCAGCCCUGCUGUACAGCUUGGGGGCUUUGCACCAGUAGUGCCCGAUGGGUUUGGAGUAGGCUAUGGUGUACAUGAUGACUGGAUUGGCUGCAAUGUUUCUUCAUACCCGGCACGUGAUGUGAGACAGUUUGUGCAGUGUGUGCAUCAAUCCCUGGAUGACAUCUUCAGUGUUCUGCAAGACAAACCCUUAAAAUAAUGUAGCUUGGAAACAUGCGUUUCAUGAAUUGUUGCAUUAUACCAGAAAAUUACCUUUUACAAAUCACUCAAAAUAUACUUGGUUUGAUUUUUUUUUUUUAAAGAGAAAAUAUAUACAUAUAUCUAUAUUUUUUUUUAUUGAGCUUUCCAUUCAUUUCCCUUUUAAUACAGUAAGGUAUGACAACAUGGCUUAUUUAGAGCACAGAACAUUCCCUCCGUUCAUAUUUGCAAAUGAUUUAAACAUCUGAAACUCUUUAUGAUCACUAAUGAUUUUUUUUAGCUCCCGGAAAAUAUCUGAUUGAGCUGUGGCAAAAGUGUUCAGUUUUGCACAAUAAUCCAUGCUCUGUAUUAGUAAUUUCUGUUUCUUGUGAAGUUCCUCUAGUGGGACUGCAACAAAAAGGGAUGAGUCCAUACAAUGAUUUAUUUGUCCCUAUUAAGAGCCAGAUUGUAUUGUUUCCAUCAUGCUUGUCAAAAUGCUUAUGUUUUAUGAUAUUUGUUAAAGAAGGGUAGGUAUCUUAGUUUGUUUUAUAAUAUUGACACAAGAUGGUGCAGUUUCAUUGGUUUAAGGUCUCAAACAAAUAUACACAUAAUUAUGCACUUAUUUCUUCUCAAUAUGCAGAAUAACCAUUGCCAAUAUGGUUUACUGGGACAUUGCUGAAAAAGAAAGUAAAUAUAAGCUGUAGAUGAGUUUUUAGUUUGAGCCUAAUGGGAAUGAAUGGAAUACAAUCUAUUAUAUGGAUAUUUUCUCUCUUUAAAUAGUAGACUUAUUUUCAAUCUACAGCAAUACCUAUAGAACAUUUAUUUACAGUAUGUGGUGAACUAUCCAGAACAUAACAUUUUGCCUGGUGAUUUUGAUGCAGGAAAAUACAGAUAUUGAUAAAUCAGGACUAGAAUUAACUGGCAUUUAUUGAAAGUUUAAAAAUGAAAAUGAAAAGAAAUUAACUUAGUUUUGGAACUAACAUCUGUUUACUGCACAAAUACAAUUAGAAGAUACAUAUUAAUUAACCACUGGGUGUUCAUCUGUAGUUUGUUUGAUUCGAGUCAUUCAGGUUCAGGGUGUUACUGAUUGUAUUUAUGACCAAUGUUAAUCAGACUGCCCCUGAUUUUACUUGAAUAAAACUUACAGAUGUUAAAAUAGAUAAUCUAGAUAUAUUGCCCAAUUAGAAUGGCAUUAAUGACACAAAUGAAAGCAGAAUGUUUGAUGAUAUCAGCCCACAAUAAUCUACAGACCAAACCAAGAUCAACACUUUUGUUUCUAUAAACAUCUAAAAUCAAGUAGAUGCAUAAAACAGUGCUAAACAGGCCAUACUUGUGUGAUUUAUGAUACCAUGUACACUUAGAACUCUUAGAAUUGAACAGCACCAAUUCUUACUUUAAGAAAAAUACCCUACAAAGAAAUAUGCGGAAACGUAAUGCUUGCAGUGUGGUGCUUUGUGUUUAACCCUUUCACUGGUGGUCGAUGUGGUCACUUGCAAACUUUUAUUGGCAGACAGCUUUUGAACAUUUAGUGACCUAAGGGACCUUUCCUGGAGGGGACAAAAUAUCUUUUUUCCAAAACUAUCUAAAAUCUAAAUUUUAAUGUAAUUCCACUUCUGUAAUAAGGUAUAAGCUUCUAUCAAAAAAAUGUUUAAAAAUCACAUUUUCCAUAAUAUAAAAAGAAAUAAUAUAAACAUGAUUUAUUUUAAUCAUGAAAUUACAACUUAUUUGGAAAGGCCCAAGUCUCCAAAACAUGCCAAUACCAAAUCUGUAGUUUUAUGGAGAUUUCUGAUUUGUAUAGGUCAAAAACUCCCAGCAGGACACUACCACAUUUCCAAAACGCUGCUCCUGAAAUCUGACUACUUCUGAUUUCAAGACCAAAACCUCCAGUAACAGGGUUUACCCUAAAAAAAACUAUACAUUUUUGGAAAGAACAGAUUCUGACAAAUACAAAAUAAGUAAAUAUGUCUUUAUAUUACAAAAUACCCAGCCGCAACUGUUUCCUAAAUUUACCAGUUUGUAUCAAAUGUUUUGGAAAAUGGCAUUGUAACUUCCAGUUCACAUAUUUUAUCUCCCACAUAACAUUAGGUA